UAUGUUCGACUAUAUUUAUGCCAUGUGAUUAUUUUUGGUUAUCCGCUGCGUUUUAAAUUGUGGAAGAUCUCAAACAGAUAUUACAAAAUGAAAGUUUCCAAGAAAUCUGGAGGAUUUCAAUCCAUGGCUCUCAGUUUUCCAAUAUUAAAAGGAAUUCUCAAACGGGGCUAUAAGAUACCUACACCUAUACAGAGAAAAACUAUACCAUUAGCUCUUGAGGGAAGAGAUGUAGUAGCUAUGGCUAGAACAGGUAGUGGAAAAACUGCCUGCUUCUUAAUUCCUUUGUUCGAGAAACUCAAGGCGAGGCAGGCUAAGACUGGCGCACGAGCACUGAUACUAUCACCCACACGUGAACUGGCACUGCAAACGUUGAAAUUUAUAAAGGAGUUGGGGAAAUUUACAGGAUUAAAAGCAGUUGUGAUUCUGGGUGGCGACAGUAUGGAUAAUCAAUUUAGUAUAAUUCAUGAAAAUCCUGACAUUAUUGUUGCUACUCCAGGGCGAUUUUUACAUAUAUGUAUAGAAAUGGACCUGAAAUUGAAAAAUGUUGAAUAUAUUGUCUUUGAUGAAGCCGAUAGAUUAUUUGAAAUGGGAUUCGGAGAACAGAUACAAGAAAUUGUGAACAGAUUACCUGAAUCACGUCAAACGUUGUUGUUCUCUGCUACUUUGCCUAAAAUCUUAGUAGACUUUGCAAAAGCUGGUCUUCAUGAUCCUAUUCUACUUCGUUUGGAUGUUGAAAGUAAAUUGCCCGAAGGAUUAACAUUAUCAUUUAUUACAUGUCGCCCUGAAGAGAAAUUGGCUGUACUUUUAUGUUUGUUAAAAAGAAUUAUUAAGCCUGAUUCGCAAACAAUUAUAUUCGCGGAAACUAUGCAUCAUGUGGAAUAUAUCCAUCAGAUAUUGGAUAAAGCAGACAUUUCUAAUACUUUUAUCUACUCAAAUCUGGAUCCCUCUGCACGUAAAAUAAAUGCAGCUAAAUUUCAAACUGGCAAAGUAAAAGUUCUUAUAGUGACAGAUGUUGCUGCUAGAGGAAUAGAUAUACCAUAUCUAGAUUGUGUGAUUAAUUUUAAUUUUCCUGCAAAAUCUAAACUCUUUGUACAUAGAGUAGGACGGUGCGCUCGAGCUGGUCGUGCUGGAACAGCAUAUAAUAUCGUGAGUUCAGACGAAUAUCCUUAUCUCUUAGAUUUACAUCUCUUUCUUGGUCGGCCUUUAACAAUAAUGCCGACUACAGGAUCCAUCGAAAAUAUGGAAUCUGCCGUGGGAAAAAUGCCACAGGCCAUGAUAGAGGAAGAACUGAGUCAGUUAAUAAAUUGGCAUAACAACUCUAUAGAUCUCACAAAUAUGCAAAACGUGUGUAACAACGCUUAUCAACGGUAUAUCAAAUCACGACCAGGUGCUUCAACAGAAAGUGUUAAAAGAACGAAAGAACUUUGUAUAAAUGAAGCUGGAAUUCUACCUCAGUAUUCUGAUGUUUCUCCUGCAGCAAUAGAUAUAAUAUCUAGGAUGAAAAACUACAGACCACAAGGGACGAUAUUUGAGAUUGGUACAAAAGCAAAGUCAAUUGAUUACCAAGCGAUGAAGACCAAACGAAUACUUCACAAAGAGAAUAUCUUUAAUUUUCACAGAAAGAUGGAAGAUCGCAAGAUUGAAGAAAUUAAGACAUCAAAAAAUUUGCCUCAAGAAAGUAAUUUGCCAUCCAGUAGUGCAGAAGAAAUUAAUGCUGCAUUCAGUACAGUGAUAGUUCCAAAAAAAAGAAGCAGUGACGAUUUGUAUAAAAUUUCAAAGAAAAAGAAAACGCAAACAAAGCGAGAUGAAGAAUAUUAUAUACCUUAUUCUGCACCAGACAAGCAUACAGAGGAAGGUUUAGCUGUCAACAAUUUUGCCACAGAAGCCGAUAAAGCACAAAUGGAUUUAAUGGCAGACAACGAAGAGAGCCAACAUCUUCAAAAGCAAUUAAAGAAGUGGGAUCGAAAGAAAAAGAAAAUGGUCACCAUUGAUCAGGAUCCAAAAGCGAAAAAAAUACGUACCGAAUCGGGUGUAUGGAUACCUGCUACAUACAAAACAAAUCGAUAUAAUAUGUGGAAGGAGAAGAGUAAAGUUGAUGAAAAUGACAGCGAAAAUGAGAGUGAUAAUGAGGAAAAAUGUUUACAAACGCAAAACUUGCGAACAACAGCAAAUACACAUUGGGCGAGGCACAAUCAGAAACUAAAGGACAAAGUUAAAGCAAAGAACGAGCUGAAGAGACCCGAGCAAAUCUUGAAGGCGCGGAAAUUGCUCGAGAGAAAGCGCCAAAGAAACGGAAAAAGGCAAAGGUAAAGGUAAAGGCCAAAAAAAUCACAGAAGGAAGCAUUGAAACAUUUUGAUGUCUAAAAUAUGUAUGUAAUUAUAUUUUAAUAAUUAUUGUAAUCGAAAGUACAUAUUUUUUAUUUCCUUCUGUGAGUUAUCAUUUGAAAUAAACAUAACAAGAAUAUUUUUCGCAAUUAAA